AUGGAGGCUUCCUUAGGUCUGGGCGAGGAAGAAAUAGCGCCGGAAUUUUCGGUUCCCACUCACUUCCCGGUCCCGACAACACCGUUGGCGCCCGAGUCAGUCAACGAACACGUCAAACAAUUCGGAACAGGACUUCACUUCAACGAGCAUAGUUUUUCCGCUACGAGAACAAAUCAGCCGGGCGCUGGAUCGCAAACCCGUCUGGACGGAAGUGCAAACCUGUUCAAAACCCCGUCGAACCGGUUGGAUCUGAAUGCAUUCAAAAGCCGAACUCAACCGGUUGGAAGUCCAUCGUUUGGAAGUCACGGAGCAGGACUGAACUGGAACAACGCCAACGGACAUGGGGCAUCGGCAGGAUUCGACAGGACUCCGGCGAUUAAGGAGACAAACUUGUAUGCUCGCGGCAGAGCCAAUCUGUGGCAAUCGAAGAACCGGCAAACUUCGCUGGACGCGUUUGGAUCGGCUAGUAGAACCGUUUUCGGGUCCAAGAAGAGGCAACACAAACUAUAA